AGCCAAGAAUUUGUAGAAAGUAGUAGAUUUCAAGACAUAAAACAAUUUUUUUAUUAAAAUAUAUAAAAUUUUUGAAAUAUAUGAGUUAUCUAGCAACAAUUUCACGGCGUCAUGUGCGAAAACUACAAAAUAUGUCCGCAGCCAUUGGAGGAGAAAUCGAGGAGACCAUUUACACUUUUGCUUCUGGACUGCUGGCAAAGAGAAUAUGACAGACGUCCUUAUCGGAAUUUCCGUUUCAAUCUUCUUGAAUUUGAAAAUCGUUUGCGUCGAAAAUUUCAUCCAGUUUAUGAUUUUUUGGUGGUUGUUAGCUUUUUAAAAAGAAGAACCCUCUGUACAGUGCGACUGACAGGCAUUCACUUGCUACCUUAUGAGCAUGAUGUACUUCUGAGUUUUAUCGAAAGUCUUGUACCAGUUAGUCGCAUUGAAUUGCGUCUAAUGCAGUUGCCAACAAGAUUUUUUGAGCUGCUGCAAAAUAGAGGUGCACGGAUGAAAGUUAAAGAUCUGAUAUUGGAAGGAACAAUUGUAACGACACCAGAUAUCGAGGCUCUGCAUGAGUUCAUUAUCGAAUCGAAAAUUCUUCGGCAUUUAAACGUUUCGAAUUGUAGUAUCACUCAAUAUGAUUUUCCAUUACUUGCCGAUGCCAUUUAUAAGUCCAAUUCUAUUCGAAGUUUCGUUUGUAAUCGUCUAAUGGGCAAACGAAUUACUUUGGACACGACUAAGAUUGCACAUACAGUGUCAUCACUUAUUUGGCAGAACAAGCUGGAAGAACUCGAAAUGCAAAAAUGUGAAUUUCAAUCUCGUGAUAUGGAAAUAAUAAGCGAGUACUUGAAAACGCCACAGAGCAAAAUUCGAAAACUAAACUUUGCCUACAAUUGCAUUGGAUGUGACGGCACUGAGUACCUUUUCCGUGCUAUAGUCCUCAGCAACACUUUAACACAUUUAAAUAUUGGUAGUAAUAAGUUGGGAACUCAUGGCGGGCGAACAGUGGCCAAGUAUCUCAGUUCUUGUUACUUUCUAGUCUAUCUUAAUAUUACUUGGAAUCACAUUUGUCCCGAUGCAAUGAAUUUAAUUUUAACAACAAUUAAAAAGCCUCUUAAACUACAUAGGCUUGAAGUUAAUGGAAAUCAAUUUGAUGGCAAGUCCGCUAGUAUUUUGCGACGCUUGCUCGAUGCUGGAGUUUUGACUCAAGAGGUGAUCGACAUAGUAUCUGUUUUCGACGAAAGUAUCUUUGAUUAUCGAGUCACGCGAUACGACUAAACAUUUGUUAGACUGUAUAAAUUUACAUUUGUACCCAUACAAAUGUAUGUAUAUUAAAAUGAUGUAAAAAUAUACUGCAAAAGAGUGUA